GAGGUUGUUGAUCUAGGGAAAUUAGAAAGUUCCAUGUUGAAAUGGUAAAAGUGUUUGGUGAAUGCAUUGAUCAAUCAAUUUUGCUGUUAUAUAUUGUUAAUAAAGAAACUUUGUAGGAUCUGUUAUUUUGCUGUUAUUGACACACUUUUGAUGAAGAGUUUUGUUAUUUGUGUGUUUUCAUCAAGUUAUGAUCUUUAUGAACAAUGUCAUUUUUUUCUCAUGAUUAACAGAUCUUUAGAUUAUACAUUUAUAUUCAGUUAGUGAUCAAAUGAGAUUUUGGCUUUUUUUUUUCUUUCUUGUCACCGGGUUCCUCCAAUGUUGGAUUCAUAUGACUAGAACAAGUAAAUAAAUUUGAUGAAAUGCUCUGUUAUUGCUAGGUGACCUGAUGAAAUCCUCUGUUAUUGUUAUUGCUUAUUCGAUUAUUCCGAUUGGAAUUUCCAUUCUUAGAAAAUUAUAAAACUGAAUUUUUUACUAUGUAAAUUUCAAAUCAUUGAAACGACUAAACUCACUAAACCCCUUGUGAAGUCUUACUAUUUAAUUGGAAUAAAAAAAAAAAAAAAAAAGCAAACAGCUUAAAAGAAAGAGUCUUUGGCUUCAACAGAUUUGAAGUUUGCCUUCAACAUUCAUACAGAUUGCAAUUAAGAUUCACUCAUUAUUUAACGCUAUAUGCAAGAACAGAAGAAAGUUACAAAACAACCAAGAAGCCGAACUAGUGAUGGCCAAAACCUUUAAUCACUCGCUAUACAAAAUGAACCAAAAUUAUGCAACUUUAUAACAUAUUGGAUUCAGAAAUGAACAUUCAAAUUAGUGAUAUAGGAAAUGCAUAAAUCAAAAUAAACCUUCAUUUCUCAACGUGAACUAGCAGCUGUUUUUCUCUAGUCGUUGAACAUUACUUGCCGUUUUUUAAACAAUAAAACACCACACAGUUCGUCAUUGCAAACUCAGCCCUCAACGUACGUCUAAUUCAGUCACCUUGUUUAAACCUUAUUAUGGUUUCUAAGAAAUAAUUGCCUCGAAAUUCCACAAAAAAAAACUGAUUGAGACAGAUAAGACAGAACCCAUGUAGUCUCCGCAAAACUCAAACUGUAAGUAAACGUACGUUGACGCCAAAAUACUUUGAUUACUUUUUCAUUUUUUUCUCUCUUUGAAUUUGUUGCAACAAAACUGUUUUGGCAAUGAUAAGACACGAAACCUGUCGUCAAUUUGUGGAUUUCUUCAUAAACCCCAUUGAUACGUCUUAAAGCUAAGACUAGUGAAAUGUUUAUGACGUUCAACACCGUUGAUUACAUGACUUUAGUUGGCAUUAGUCUAGACGGUAAGAAUCAAUGUCAGUUUGGAAAAAAAUCUCGCAUUACUAUGUUGUUGUGAGCCCUAUUUAUAUAUUAUCACCGUAAUGUAAAAUGCAGUUUGCGAUUGCUUCCUCUAUUAUUUUCAGUUUCCUGCAAAAUUUUAGAAGCACAAAAAACCUUUUAACCAAAAGAAAACACAAAAGUUUGAGAAGCAUGAAAGUGUUUAAUUUACUUGCUUUGAGUACUCUUAUGUUACUUGAAGCAUAUCGUUUUACUGAUGAAACUGAUAGGCAAGCGUUGUUGGAGUUCAAGUCUCAAGUUUCUGAAGGCAGAAGAGAUGUGUUGUCCUCAUGGAAUAAUUCAUUCCCUCUUUGCCGCUGGAAAGGGGUUAGAUGUGGCCGCAAACACAAGAGAGUCACACUUAUGGACCUCAACGGAUUGCAGUUAGGCGGAGUGAUAUCACCAUCUAUUGGUAAUCUUUCCUUUCUCAUAUCACUUAAUCUCUCUGAUAACUCUUUUGGUGGCACCAUCCCUCGAGAGGUUGGAAACUUGUUCAGACUUGAACAUUUGGAUAUGAGCUUUAAUUUCCUCAAAGAAGGGAUUCCAAUCAGUCUAUAUAACUGCUCUAGAUUGGCGGAGUUUUAUUUAUUUUCAAAUCAUCUUGGAGGAGGUGUUCCUUCCGAAAUAGGGUCAUUGACGAAGCUCGUUGAAUUAGAUCUUGGCCAAAACGACUUGAAAGGGAAGCUCCCAGCAUCUCUAGGAAACUUGACAUCACUCAUGGAAGUUAGCUUUACCACUAACAAUAUAGAAGGGGAAAUUCCGAAUGAUAUAGGUAGAUUGACUCAAAUAGUGGCGCUUCAAUUAUCAGCGAACAAAUUCUCAGGUGUUUUUCCUCCUUCCAUCUACAAUUUGUCCACACUUUUGUUUUUAAAUAUCUUUGGUUGUGGCUUUUCGGGUAGUUUAAGGCCUGAUUUUGGUAAUUUGCUACCAAACCUUGAACAUAUAUAUAUGGGAGGGAAUUAUUUCACAGGAGCCAUUCCAAUAACACUUCCCAUUAUCUCGAAUCUUCAAGUGUUGGGAAUGGAGGACAACAAUCUAAGAGGUAGUAUUCCUCCAAGUUUUGGACAAGUACCAAACUUGCAAUCUCUAAAUUUUCGUGCUAACCAAUUGGGUAGUCGCUCUUUUGGAGAUCUUGAUUUUCUUGGUGCUUUAACUAAUUGCUCUCAACUACAAGUGGUAGACGUAGGUGAAAAUUGGCUUGGGGGUGACUUGCCUAAUUCCAUUGCCAAUCUGUCUAGGAACCUCAUGUAUUUAAGCCUUCAAACCAAUUUCAUCUCUGGAAGCAUCCCUCAUGACAUUGGGAAUCUCAUAAGCCUACAAUCACUUAGGCUAAACCAAAAUUUAGGAAACAUCACUCGGUUAGUAUACCUCUAUUUUUCCAACAAUAGUUUUGAUGGAACCAUUCCUCCGAGUCUUGGAAAAUGUAGUCAGCUACUAGACUUACGAGUUGGGUAUAAUAAGUUGAAUGGGACUAUACCUCAAGAAAUUAUGGUAAUUCGAUCGCUUACUACCCUCAGCAUGUCAAAUAAUUAUUUAUCUGGCUCUCUAGCAAAAGAUGUUGGACGAUUACAGAAUCUCGUUCGACUAUCUGUUGCGGCUAAUAAAUUAUCAGGGGAGCUCCCACAGACUUUGGGAAACUGUUUCUCGAUGGAAUUUAUGUAUCUACAAGGAAAUUCUUUUGAUGGAGCCAUUCCAGAUAUAAGAAAGUUGGUGGGUGUUAAAGAAGUUGAUUUAUCGAAUAAUAAUCUGUCCGGAAGUAUACCUGUAUAUAUUGCAAACUUCUCCUCGUUGCAAUAUCUUAAUCUAUCCAUUAACAAUUUUGAGGGAAUGGUGCCAACAGAAGGAAAAUUUCAGAACUCUACUAUAGUUUUGCUAUUUGGAAACAAAAAUCUAUGUGGAGGUAUCAAGGAACUGAAACUAAAGCCAUGCAUUGCGGUAGCACCACUAAUGGAGACAAAGCACCUAUCUCUUUUAAAGAAAGUUGUGAUCGGGGUCAGCGUAGGCAUAGCUUUCCUUUUGCUAUUGUUCAUAGUUUCUCUACGUUGGUUCAUAAAAAGAAAGAAGAACCAGAAGACCAAUAAUUCAGCUGCGUCUACAUUGGAGAGUUUCCAUGAAAAGAUAAGUUAUGGAGUUCUACGAAAUGCGACAGAUGGCUUCUCUUCAAGCAAUAUGGUUGGGUCAGGCAGUUUUGGUACUGUGUUUAAGGCAUUGCUUCGGACGGAGAACAAGCUUGUUGCAGUGAAAGUUCUAAACAUGCAAAGACGUGGAGCGAUGAAGAGCUUUAUGGCAGAAUGUGAAUCCUUGAAGGACAUAAGACAUCGUAAUCUUGUGGAACUAUUGACAGCUUGCGCUAGUAUUGAUUUCCAAGGUAACGAAUUCAGAGCUCUUAUAUAUGAGUUCAUGCCGAAUGGAAGCUUGGAUAUGUGGUUGCACCCAGAGGAAGUGGAAGAGAUUCGUAGGCCCUCAAGAACCUUGACACUUCUUGAAAGGCUAAACAUUGCCAUAGACGUGGCUUCUGUUUUAGACUAUCUUCAUGUUCACUGUCAUGAACCUAUAGCUCAUUGCGAUCUUAAGCCAAGUAACACACUUCUAGACGAUGAUCUAACAGCUCAUGUUAGCGACUUUGGUUUGGCUCGUCUUCUCCUCAAAUUUGACCAGGAGUCCUUCUUCAAUCAACUAAGCUCGGCCGGUGUGAGAGGAACCAUCGGCUAUGCCGCACCAGAAUAUGGAAUGGGAGGGCAGCCGUCAAUACAUGGUGAUGUGUAUAGCUUUGGGGUUCUCCUUUUGGAAAUGUUCACUGGAAAAAGACCAACCAAUGAGUUAUUUGGUGACAACUUUACCCUCCACAGCUACACCAAAUCGGCAUUGCCGGAAAGAGUAUUGGACAUUACAGACAAGUCGAUUCUUCACAAUGGUCUCAGAGUCGGUUUCCGUAUUGCUGAGUGCUUGACAUUGGUUUUGGAGGUAGGACUUAGGUGCUGUGAAGAAUCUCCUACAAACCGGUUGGCAACGAGUGAAGUCGCAAAGGAGUUGAUCUCAAUCAGAGAGAGGUUCUUUAAAACCAGAAGGACAGCUAGACGUUGAAGUGUUAUGGUUUUGCCUACAAAACUUUGCAGUCCACUUAA